AGACAUGAAGAGGAGCAUCAGUAGCGUGAGGAAGAAAUGAUCCGACACAGAGAACAGGAGGAACUGAGGCGACAGCAAGAGGGAUUUAAGCCAAACUACACGGAAAAUAGAGAACAGGAAAUGAGAAUGGGUGAUAUGGGUCCCCUUGGAGCAAUAAACAUGGGAGAUGCGUUUAGCCCAGCCCCUGCUGGUAACCAAGGUCCUCCUCUAAUGAUGGGUAUGAAUAUGAACAACAGAGCAACUAUACCUGGCCCACCAAUGGGUCCUGGUCCUGCCAUGGGACCAGAAGGAGCCGCAAAUAUGGGAACUCCAAUGAUGCCAGAUAAUGGAGCAGUGCACAAUGACAGAUUUCCUCAAGGACUGCCAUCUCGGAUGGGUUCACCUAUGGGGAGCAGAACAGGUUCUGAAACCCCUCAAGCACCAAUGAGUGGUGUAGGUCCUGUGAGUGGUGGUCCUGGUGGCUUUGGUAGAGGAAGUCAAGGGGGCAACUUUGAAGGCCCUAAUAAGCGUCGUAGAUACUAAACAUUCGUUCACUCCUGGCUAUCUAGAAAAAAAAAGUCAGUGGUAUGCCUUUAUACUUUUCCCUGUUAUCUGGAAGAAAUGGUUUUAUUGUUAAUGUAUGUAGACUUAAAAGUUUUUUUUUUUUUUUGUAAAACUUGAGGUUUUUGUAUUUUUCUUUAUUCAUGAGCUUUGUAGAUUAGAAUGGUAAUGAUGCUCAUCAUUUUGAAUGUUGAAAUGUGUUUGUGACUUUAGCUAAAUAUAAGUAUUCCGUAGUACUGUGAAAUCUAUGUAGUUACUUAAUCUCAAUAAAGAAAUCAUUUUGGAUAAUUUAAAACUGUUAUUAGUGGUAUUCUCUUAUGGUCUUACUAAACUUUGCUGUAACAGUAAUGCUUUGGUUGCUUUAACUAAUCCUAUCAUUAAAAAUGAAAAUCAUUUUGCUUUUCAAUUUGUGCAAGUAGCACUGAAGAUAGAAGCUUAAUUAAUGAAAGCUAAUGUCAAUAAGGGGUAGAUAGAGUAGUAUAUGUGGGGGUGGGAGGGUAUGGGAGUUUAAUUUGUAUAAACCACUGAUGUUCUGUGAAAUCGGAAUUUGCACCUACAUUUCAUAUAGAUUCUGAAUAUUCAGGUAUUCUGAGACAGAUUAUUAAGGAUAUCUUUGUCCUGUGCUGAUUUUUCCAAAUAAAUCUUUUUCAUCUUGAAAAAAACUGUUUGAAGGCAAAUCUCUUUUACUUGUAAAAAAUAAUGUCUAGUUUUAAACAUAUCUGCCAUUAUUUGUUUGGUUUCAAUAUCUAGACCUUACCCAAUUAUUAUCAUACAGUUAGUGUUAAACAUUCUUUAAAAUAAAACAAUACUGUUGGGUUGGCUGUGAAGUGAGGAUUUGUUGUGUGAUUUGUGGUGAAUUAGGCAUUUCUUGAGAUUGUAGGUUUCUACAAGUAUUAAAAGAUGGCUUGACUCUGCAUUGUUGUAAAUAUUUCCCCAAAGUUUGGACAUUUCUCCAGUAAAACUUGACUGAUGUGUUAGAACCAUUUGUCUCCAAGGAAUGGUGGUGUUUUUUUUUUUUAUUGUUUGUUUGUUUUUUUCAAGAUAAUGCUGAGACAUCCAAGGAGUACAGUUCAAGAGGUGAUUUUAAAAAGCAGAGAAUUACUUGAGAAUGGCUACAGUCAUUGGAAUCUGAUUAGCUCCCUUUACUAUCAAAUACCUAUUUUGAUUUUCAAUACUAGGGAUAAACUGAUUUUAUCACAUUAUAAUGUUUAUUGCAAAACAAAGUCAUAACUAUAUUUAAAAAUGUAUAUGUUGGUCAUGUUUAUUUAAAAAUACAUUUAAGGAAUCAUAUAUGACUCAUACCACAAAUCUAAUUCAUCAGACACUGAUCAUAGCAUAGCUAUUUCUCAUAAAACAUCACAAUGGUUUGCUAUAUCAUGCUUUCAGCACCUUUCUGAAAGAUAAUAUGCUAUUUUAAAAUAAACAGUAUGUAAAUAGUGGUGUCUGUUUUCCUGGAAGGUAUAGUAUGGAAAGAAAUAAUUUAAAUUUUGUAUAAAAGCAGUUGGUUGUAAAGCAUAAUUGAUGCAUUCUUUUAUAAUAAUUAAAAUUUUCAUAUAUACUCUUUCAUGUUCUGUUAUUUUUUUAGAUACACAGCGUGGAUGGAACCAUUUUCUAAAAUUUGCGGUAUUCAUAGGCUUUUGUUUUUGACAGUUCUUUGAAAACAUGAUUUGGAGAUUGUAAAAUAAUAGUCAAAGGCUAUUCUCAUGUUUCUCAUAAGUAUUAGGUGAUGGAGAGUGGGAUUUGCUUUAAUUUGUGACAUUAAGUGGGAUAUGGGGAGUUUUAACAUUGAUUACAGUUUUUCAGUGAUAUCUAUUGCACUUAAAUCUACCUUUCCCAUCAUCUAUAUUUUAUCCGUAUAGUUCUCAGGUAAUGUUUAGCAUUGUAUUUCACUUCAAAGCUGAAAUAUGAUUGGGAGAAACUUGAUCCUUUGAUGUUAAACCAAGGUACCUUUGGCCAAGGCUGUGAAAUUCUGUAUGAUUCAUUCAAGAACACUUGAAGGCCAGUGCACAAAAAGAUGUCUUAAUCUCCUGAACAUCCUAGUGUCCAGGCUCAACUCUGGCACCAAGAACAGAGUUCUACACAAGUUUUUCCUGGCAUCAAGAAACUCCUUGUUCCGGCUUUACCAAGUUUACGCUGGGAGCAGUCAGCUUCUGAGUGACAGUCAAGUGGAGCAUCUCUGAACUCCCAGUUAUUCCGUGUUUUUAGUGUUUUUGUAUAGUUA